CCUACUAGCUUUGAAUCCACUUGCCACAUGUGCAUUGACAAAAGGUUUUCUGUAUUUUCUUUGUCAGCAGUUCCUUGAAGAUUGUCCUGUAGUUUGUGCUUGUGGUUGUCUAUUUGGAAUCAUGAAGCGAAAGGCUGAAGAUGAGGAGGAUGCUGGUAGUGAUCAAGAGUUGGUCCAUGGCAAAUCCAAGAAGGUAAAGAAGGAGAAGAAAGACAAAAAGGAAAAGAAGGAAAAAAAGGUGAAGAAAGAGAAAAAAGAGAAGAAAAAGAAGACGGACAGCAGUGACGACGAUCAGGAAGAGCUCACGCCUCCAGAAAGUGACAACCAGGCGACUACUCGGGAGGGAUCUCCUGAUGAAGAGGAGUGUCUGGAAGCGCUGACUCCCCAGGAACGGGAAGGCACAUUCUCCAAAUUUCGUAUAGCAACAGCAACUCAAGAGUCCCUUACGAAACGUGGAAUAACGUACUUAUUUCCCAUUCAAUCCCGCACCUUUGACGAUGUAUAUGAUGGUCAUGAUGUCGUAGCUCAAGCUCGUACUGGCAGUGGAAAAACGUUGUCAUUUGCUCUACCUGUGGUAGAGCGUCUUCUAGCUGAGGGACCAGUCACAGGCCGCGGAAGAGCACCAAGAGUGCUUGCCCUUGCGCCAACGCGUGAGUUGGCUGGACAAGUAGCCGAUGAAUUCCGGCAGAUCUGUGGCAAGAGCCUCUAUACGUACUGUAUCUAUGGCGGUGCUCCUUACGAUGCACAAGAGCAAGCCAUAGCGAAUGGAAUCGACAUUCUUGUUGGAACACCGGGUCGUGUCAAGGACCACAUGGACAAGUUCAUGGAUCGUGGCCGUGGUCUGGAUCUGACCAAGCUGAAAGUGGCCAUCCUGGAUGAGGCCGACCGUAUGCUUGAGCAGGGCUUCUCAGAAAAGGUUGAGGCCAUUCUGGAAGGUUCCUUUCAAUUGGAGAAGAAAGGGAAGAAGCAGAAAGAUUCCGAGUCCGGUCAGCCCCAGUUGUUGCUCUUCUCGGCCACGCUGCCAAGCUGGGUGAAUGACAUGGCGAGCCGCUACAUGGACAAGCCCAAGCAUGUGGACCUGAUUGGCAGUGCAGUGAUGAAGACAUCUGAAACGGUGCAACACAAGGCACUCCGUUGCCGCUGGCAAGACAGAGCUGCAGUUCUCAGUGAUGUCAUCCAGGUGUACAGUGGGUUGCACGGGCGCUGCAUGGUAUUCACGCAGACAAAGAGUGAUGCCAAUGCUCUUGUGCUCGAGUCGUCGGAUCCCAGUGAUCGGCAGUCACCGCCGGACAGAGCAGAUGGCCGGCAACGAACCACCACCGGUGGCCUGCGUCAGGAAGCGCAGGUGUUGCACGGUGACAUCCCGCAAAAGCAGCGCGAGCAGACUCUGAGGGCUUUCCGAGAAGGUCGCGUCAACGUGCUCGUGGCUACAGACGUCGCUGCCCGUGGACUGGACAUUCCUGAAGUGGAUCUCGUCAUUCAGUGCGAGCCGCCAAAGGACGUUGACUCGUUCAUCCAUCGAUCCGGAAGAACCGGGCGUGCUGGUCGUGCUGGUGUGAGCAUUCUCUUCUACAAGCCCGGCCAAGAAAGUUUAGCCAAGUUUGUGGAGCGCAAGGCCGGUAUUCGAUUCCAGCAGAUCGGCGCACCACAGCCGCAAGAUAUUCUCGCCAUGGCAGCGCGAGAUGCUGCGCGCAGCUUGAGCGACGUGGCGCCCGAAGUCUGUGUGCACUUCCGUGAUGCAGCCGAACAGCUGGUUGCUGAACGCGGUGCCGUGGACGUGAUGGCCGCAGCUCUUGCCGUCUUGUCUGGCACAAAGGAGAUCAAGUCCAGGUCACUGCUGACUGGCCAGGAGGGCUACACAACGUACGUCAUGGCAAGCGCUAAUGAGUUUGGCCACCAGUCCUACAUGUGGAAGGCACUGGAGCGCAGUCUGCCCGAGGUCAAGCCGGAGGUGCGAGGCAUGCGCAUGGGCCAGGACAGCAAAUGUGUCGUCUUUGACGUUCCGUGCAACUUGACCGCACAUGUCUCAGAGACCUGGGAGGACACGCGUGCCACCACACUGACAGUUGCCACCGAUCCUUUACCGCCACUGGUACCCGAGAUAAAUCGCUAUGGCAGCAGUGGUGGCGGUAGCUUCCGAGGCAAUAGUGGUGGUGGCUUCCGAAGUGGUGGCAGCUUCCGAGGCAAUGGUGGUGGUUUCCGCGGUAAUAAUGGUUUCCGGAGCAACGGUGGCAGUUUCCGAGGAAAUGGUCGUGGUGGUGGUGGUUCAGGCUCGUGGCAGAGGAGGUAGGAGUUCUGCGUCUCUUAGUACCACAUGUUGCCUGACGGUGGUGUGGUGAAUGAACGACUUCUUCUUUAGGAUAGGUUCUGCAUCUGUAUUGACCUCCGGCAGAAUGAUAACCCAACCAAUUCACCCUCCUGUUAGUGUUAACGCAUAGUCUAUAGCUGUUGUGUACAUAUGGAUCACCUGUACAGUCAUUAUCUUUCACCCACGAAAUGUGGUUUUGCAUCUAUCUAGCAGUCAUAUUUCAUACCAACAUACUAGCCUAGAUCUGUACCGCAUUAUUGAAUUGUACAUAACAGUGCUCUUACGGAUAGAUUUGUUGUACAGCAUCUUCACACUGCACGCUGAAGGUUGUCUGGAAGAUAACAACAAUUUGUACAUAAAACGUCUUUCUCCUUUACUUUCCCCACAACACUGUGUAGUUUUGUAGAUCCUUCUUUCUGUUUAGGUGUCUCUUCAAUCAGCUCUAUCUGGAUGGGAGUUCCAGUACCCGAAGCCACGCCUGUAAUAAUUAUUUAUUCUCACAUCAAGCCAGUCUGUAUA